AUGACCAUCAAAUUCAUACCGCGCAGCGUCUUCCCCCACUAUGACUCGAUUCCGCGGUCCUACUUCUUGGGCCACCACAGAGCUGGCCUGGAAAAAAUGAAAAGCAUGUUGUCUCGAAUAGACUAUGUCAUUGAAUGUCGAGACUUUCGGGUUCCCGUUACUUCGAUCAAUCCCAUGUUUGAGGAAGCUCUGGGUGACAAACAACGCCUUAUUGUGUAUACAAAGAGAGACCUGGGAGGGGGUGCUGAUGCUGUGACACGAAAGAACAAAGAAUUAAUACGCAAGUUGGAUCAUAAGACAUCCGCCUUCUUCACGACUUCUACCUCCGCAGAGUCCGUCAGUCCUAUAUUAAGACAUUUGAAAACAGACAAAUCUGCCUCCCAUCGAGUAGCAGCUUGUCGAGUGAUGGUUGUUGGAAUGCCGAACAUUGGGAAAUCUUCUUUAAUCAACACCUUGAGAAAUCAAGGUGUUCACAAAGCCAAAGCGCUGCGGACGGGCGAACACCCUGGCGUGACACGCAAGAUCGGUACCCCGAUUAAGAUAAUCGAAAGAGCCGACGAAUCCUCUGUUUAUGUUCUCGACACACCUGGGGUGUUUGUACCUUAUAUGCCUGAUGCAGAAAGGAUGCUGAAGCUGGCUCUUUGCGGCUGCGUCAAGGACACAAUCAUUCCACCUGUCACGUUGGCAGAUUGUCUCCUAUACUUUAUCAACUUACAUGACCCACACAUAUAUGAGAAGUGGUCCGAGCCGACAAACGAGGUCAUGCCACUUCUUACUCGCUUUGCUCACCAAGUAGGAUUGCUCAAGAAAGGUGCCAUACCUAAUAUUGAACAAGCUGCCAUCAACUUUGUCCAAAAAUGGCGGUCGGGCGACCUAGGAAAAUUCAUUCUUGAUGACUUACAAGCAGAAUUGAGGACACUGAGAGAUGAGGGCGCAAGGAUUGUCGGUCCUAGUCCAACACAGAUGCGAAAAACGAUCGCUCGUGAACGAUUGAAUAAGCAGAAAGGUCGACUACAAGCGUCCGAGGACGCUGAAUUGCGGACCAUUUCAAGCUCGGAGCGAAGAUAG